AUGGCUUGUCCACAUGAGUCGAUUCUUUCGGAGCUGGUCAAGGCUCGCAGAUGCUUAUUACAUGCCUGCAUGUUGAACAACAUGUUCUUGUCAUUCUCAUUGCCUGCUUGGUUCUACUCUACCUGCUUGGGACCUCUCAAACUGUCGGCCGAUGCAUUCAUCCAUCUCUUUCUCUUCAAGGCCUAG